AUGUGGCGAUGGCGGCCAAGCAAGCGGCCCACGCUGCUGCUUAGAUGCAUUCUACUCAUCGCAGCUGAGAUCGCUGUCAAUGCGUUGCUCUGGGUAGUGGCUGCCAUCGUGUUUCGCCAUCGCACUCGAUUCUUGACCCUCUCGCUGCUGGCAUGGACACUCGGCCUUCGUCAUGCACUCGACGCGGAUCACAUCUCUGUCAUCGACAACGCCACUCGUCGUAUCGUCUCUCUCAGCUAUUCUACCGGAAGUCCGGAAGCUAGGACGGUGAGACCACGCAGACCGGUGACAUGCGGUCUUUGGUUCUCGCUAGGCCAUUCGACCAUCGUCAUUGCCGUCAUCUGUGCCAUCGCUAUCAGUCUUGGCAUUGUUGAUCGUCUCGGCAAGAUCAGCUCAGUAGGCGGCAUUGUCGGUGCUGCCGUUUCUGGUUCCACGCUAUUUCUGUUUGCCAUUAUCAACUCGAUAUUGCUCUUUCAAAGCAUCAAAGCCACUCGCAGGUAUCGAGCUCAGUCUCGCGAGCAGCACGAAGCUCGUCAGGUACAGGAUCUUGACAAAACCGUGUCUGACACCGAAGCUGCCAACAAGCAAGCUGAUCAGCCGGAUCAAGUCCAAGACCAUCGAUUCAAGGGCAUCUUUACACGACUCGCGUAUCCACUCUUCCGACUCGUCGACCGUCCGUACAAGUUGUAUCCAGUCGGUAUUCUCUUUGGACUUGGAUUCGAUACAGCUUCGUCCAUUGCCCUUCUCGGCAUUGCAGGUGCAACCAACACGCAGGUGCAAGACACCUCGCUCGAGUCGGACCAGGCCAUCUUGCCUGACAACGCCACCACUCGUUCCGAUGCCACUAUUAUCCUGCUCGCUCUCCUCUUCACCGCCGGAAUGACUCUGGUCGACAGUCUCGACUCGGUGCUCAUGAUCAAUGCCUACGCCCCUGGUGAGCUCCUUGCACCUGCGAACAAAGCCGCCGACGGCAGCACUGCAACGAGGUUCGCUUGGCUUGGGCGGCUGCGCUUCUUGGAGGAUGCUUCAGCGCCUGUUUCAAAGCACCGCUCGCUGCAAGACUCGAGCCUACCUUCGGCUGCAGACGAGCAAGACAACAAGAUUGAUACGCCCGGCUAUGGCAAGCAGGACAGUGAUGAUGCAGGCGAUGCUGGUUUGAAUGCCGAUCUGGCUCACUCGGAUCGCGGUACCUCUUCCACGUUGUCCCAUCUCCUCACUCUGCUCUCGAUCUUGCUGGCAUUCGCCAUUUCCAUCAUCACGCUCAUGGGACUCAUCGGCGAGAACUGUGAUCGAUGCGCACGCGCAGCAGCAAAGCAGGACGAGACCCACGACGGCGGCCUUGAAGGCCGAUGGUGGCUCUUCUGGCAGCAGGCCAACGACGCCUCGGGUAUCAUUGGCGCUUGCAUUGUCGGAGGUUUUGCUGCUAUCUUGAUCGCUUGGUAUGCUGGUAAAGCGAUCCUCAGACGGUAUCGUUGCACUCGCACCGCAUAG